GUGAAGACAUGGUUUACACUUAACGAGCCAUAUUUGAUGAGUCAGAUGAUGUAUGCGAGUGAUGGAUCAGGCACAAAGGACUACCUGGCAGCCCAUAACAUGCUGCUGGCCCAUGCCGAGACUUACCGCAUGUAUGAGAAGGAGUUCAAGCUCACACAGAAUGGCUAUUUCACAGGGAAAGUGAGUAUUGUCUUGUACUCGGAGUGGAUGGAGCCGAAGCAAGCUGGAAGUCCCUCGGAUAUAUCAGCCUCUGAGCGGGCAAUGGAAUUUAGGCUCGGCUGGUUUGCUGAGCCAAUAUUUGGCAGUGGUGACUACCCAAAUGUUAUGAAGACUCGUGUGGCCGAGGCCAGUCGUGCUCAGAACCUCAGCCGCUCCAGACUACCAGAGUUUACAGCAGGACAGCGCUCAAUGGUCAAAG